AUGGAGAGCACGUCACCGGCGGUGCCGUUCCCGCUCCUCCAGACGCCGAUCGAGUCAAAGUAUAGGUCCUGCACGAUUCCGUACCGUUUCCCCUCGGACAACCCUUGGAAGGCUACCCCCGUCGAGCUCCAGUGGAUAGAGGUCUUCCUGAACUCCGUUCCGUCUUUCAGGUGCGGGCAAGUAAAGAGGAUAGUCCGUGAAGUCGUCGAUUCCUGUGGCUUCGAUCACAUGGUGAAAUGAACCAUCGUUUCACUCCGGAGUCGUCUCCUAAAUUUUAGUCCGGAAGAGUUGCCAAGAUAUUUUUUCCCCGUCUUUAGACUCUAUUCUACUCGGUAGGAUCCAUCCUUCUCCGAUGGAUGAUCGAUCUUAGGAGUGAAUCUAUUUAUGAGGCGAUGCCAAUACCUGUGUUCUAAGUGAUAAUAUACGGCAGAAUCAUACAGCGAAUAUAUAGAUCAUAUGGAUAUGUGAAUUCGUCACGAAACCUCCGUCCUGCUACCGAUACUUGAUGCUUUCCUUUAUGCUCAUUUUUCAGGCAGCGGGCCGAGAGUGAUCCUACCGUUGCCGAUGCUCCUGCUAAGGCAGAAAAAUUUGCCCAGAGGUAAAUCAGUAUCUGGUAGAUGUUUCCUUUUCUUCUGAAAUAGUUAUCCCUCUUUGAAUUUGGUGUCAUGGAAAUGUUACUGUUAUGGAUGUGUUGCAUCCAAAUGUUGCUGGGGGCUUCAUAAUUUCCACGAUAUUUUCCUAUCCACGACAAUUAUUUUAGACCAUUUUUAAUUUAUGACUGGAACCUAAAGGAUUCAACAUGUUGAGCAGCGAUGUUUGGGAUAAUCUGCUGUCUUCUGGACUAAAUUUGGCCAUGAUGGGUAAGAUCCUGUGCUACAGAUUCUUACCAAUCAUGGGGAGUAUAAUGUGGGUGACCAUCAACAAGUUUCUGCGAAUUUGGUGUCUAAUGUCCGAUUUUAAAAAUAUUAUCCUUGCAUGAUGUAAUGAAAUUGUUUAAUUUAUUCAUAUUUACUUAGUCCGUUAAAGUUAGCUACGAUGUCAAGAUCAAGAUUAUCACGGUAGCUAUGUUGACAAAAUUUGAAGUGUUGGCUUUUGAAUGAUAGAUGUUUCAGAUUAAUGCGUUAAUUACCUCUACAUUGUUGGGAGUUCGACUUCUCUAUGUCUACCUGUACUAAGGCAUACUAUUUUUAUUUGAAUAUUUCCAUGAAUGAAUCAGUUACUCCCAGGUACGAAUCACUAUGUACAUUGGCAUAUCUAGCUUGGGAGAUUAACGCGUGUUUUUUUUUGUUUUUUUUUCUCUCCAUAUAGCUUGGGAGAGCUCCUGUCUGCUGUUUACUCUUUUUCAUAUUUUUCGUGAAAUUUCAGGUGCAUAUGUUUUUUUUUUAUUGCAUAAUUUGUUUCCGGAUGUUCUGUUCUACUGGUUGAUCGAGAUUGAGAUAUUCACUAUUGUGUUUGCAGACCCUUGUCGACUCUGUUAUGUUAUUCUUUUGGGAUUGAUAUAUCGAAGAAAAAGCUUGCAUCUGUAUUUAAAAUUGCUAUAUAUGCACAUUCUUACCUUCACCAUUAUGCCAUGUUGCAGUUGUAUGUUAUGAUUUAUUGAGCGCAUUCCUUUAGGGUUUUUUUGCGCUCAUACCCUUAUUGACCAAAGAUUUCUUUUCUCCAACCCGGACAUUAUGUAUUUGCAAAUGGACAAGUCUUUAUAUUUCAGUAGGAGAUGAUCUUUUAUGCAUGAACUCCAGAGAAACUGAUUAUGCUCAUUUUAUGAAAUCUGAUUAAUUUGAGGAUAAGUAGCGCAUAAAAAAGGCCUAUUUUCUAGACGUUGGCUAGGGUGAUCUCUUGAUUUUGUCAUUGUUAUGUCGUAUGCCUUUUUGCGGUCAGGAUUUAUUGGUUGUCUGGUGAUAUUGAAAGGUACACAGAAAUUCUAGAAGACUUGAAGGCAAAUCCUGAGUCCCAUGGUGGACCGCCAGAUUGCAUUGUGAGUUUGCAUGGAUUAUACAAUGUUCUUGAUGGAAUGUCUCUUGUUGAUUAUCAUAUAAAUAAACAUGUGGUUACAAGUUAUUCCUUGUAAUUGGUUUUGAGUUGGAUGGCCUAAGAACUCCCAAUGGUAUCCAGUUCUGUUAUUCAAGCAACAGAUUUUUUGGAUUUUUUUUACUUUUUUGACGGGUCUAAACCCUGUUGCUUCUUUUAUAAUCUCCAGUUACUCUGUCAGCUUCGUGAGCAAGUCCUUAGAGAACUCGGAUUUCGGGAUAUAUUCAAGAAGGUCAAGGUAAAUUCAACGUUUCUUCCUCAAUUCUGUCAGUAUUUGUGGUGUUUUGAGAUUUUUUAUGACAAUUCAUCAAUUAUGUAAGUUUGAAUGUUUUAGGAUAACGAGAAUGCUAAAGCUAUCUCGCUCUUUGAGGACGUGGUCAGGCUUAAUGAUUCUAUCGAGGAUGGGACCAAGCGUGUGGAGAACCUCAUCAGGGGAAUAUUGGCGGGGAAUAUAUUUGACUUGGGUUCUGCACAGGUUGAGUUUGUUUGGACUUGCAAGACACAUUUCGUCUGUAGGCAUUACCAGAUAGAUUUUAAUGCCAUGAUUUUUCUUAGCUUUUCUUCUAGAUCAUGGAAACUUAUUUAUGUAUCUUCUGUAAGACUCAUAAUAUCUUUCUUCAUGUUCAUUCUCAAAAACAUAAACAGAUUUCGGAUAUCAUGCUUCUUCUACCCUUCUUCUUCCUUCCCCUUUUCCUGUUUGUGCGUACUCAUGGUCUUUUACGUUUUUAUUUUCUUUGAUUCUUUCUUCGUUUCCUGUUUGUAGGUGUUUUUAUGUGAAGUGGGCUAUUGGCCAUGCAGAUCCUAAUAUUGCCUCCCCCCCCCCUCCUUCCCCCUCCUUUUGGGAGGAUACAUAGACAUUGGCCAGAGUCACUGUGGGAAAGGAAAGUUAUGAGAAAACUUUGGGAGCCCAAUGCUGGCCUUGAGGGCAACUUCGUUCUUUUAAAUCAUAUUUUUUUUAGUGUUGAUGCCGUAAUCUAUGCAUUUUCCUGCCUCAUGUGCUUACAUUCUUAGUAACUUUCAAGUAUUGUUUAACGCGUGUUUUGUUCUAACUUGCCAUUUCUCAACUGGGGUGUUCUUUAAAUCAUGGCGCAUGCUCAUACAUACUCCUGAAAGAAGAGUUCACAUUAAGCGUUGAUGCUGCUCUUGAGUCUGUUCCAUGGAUGUUCUAAGUAGUUCAUGUUAGUUCAUCGUCUCAGAAUGCACCUGAUUCUCUCAGAAAAGCCUAUCUCAUCUAUGGCGAGAUUGUUGCUUUUUCACUGACUACUUACAUAGUUUCCAUUAUUUUUUGAGUGAAGCUUGCCGAAGUUUUUGCUAGAGACGGGAUGUCAUUUCUGGCAAGUUGUCAAAAUCUAUUGUCUCGCCCAUGGGUGAUUGACGAUUUGGAUGACUUCAAGCUGAAAUGGAGCAAGAAGUCUUGGAAAAAGGCAAGUUUCCAACUGGCUAUCUUUUCUCUGUCCGUUAUUCCUCUAGAUUUGAGAGUGGAUAAUGCAUUUUGUUAUUUUUGAAUGAAGCAAUCAAUAUUGCUGUGAGUUCCUUUGUUGACCUUUACGAAGUGUGCUGUGGUUUAUUCAUCAAUUAUCACGUGGCUAAAUAUUAUACUGAAGAUUCUUCGAAUGAUUUAAUGUACAUUUGUUCUAGAGAACAGCGGCCAUCUUGACCUGUUUAGAGUUUGAAAUCUCUCUUGGACUAUUUGGUGUUGGUGCCACCACACCAUCGCUCUGGUUUAUUGUCAGUUUGCAGUAUCUUGCUUUCCCCUUGUAGAACAGGGGAAGAUCAUUAGAGCUUUGGGCGCCGAAUCAUCCACAUAGCUCUGACAAACAGGAAACCAGCCUUUGAGGGACUAACAUGCUUUGACUCUUGGAAAUGGCCCGUGUCGUCUGUACAAUCCCUUGAAAUUUCGAACCUCAAUUCACGGAAUGCUUCUUUGUUGUGAACAGGCUGUUAUUUUUGUUGACAACUCGGGUGCCGACGUUAUCCUGGGAAUCUUACCAUUUGCAAGGGAGCUGCUGCGACGCGGCACAGUGGUAAACCUCGCUAUUUAACCGUGUUUUCGAUCACACGCAGUUAAAACCAUCAUCGUCGUCCUCAUCAUCAUCAUCACCAGCACCGUCGCGAAUGCACUUAGUUUGUGCUUGGCUGCUCCCUUAAUAUGUCCUUGGCUGUGGUGCAGUAGAAGGCCACAACGUUAGCUCACGGAAUUGAGUAGCCCUGUAUUGGGUAUUGCUAAUCAGUUUUAAUGGCCCAAUAACUCCAGCACGAUCCUGGGCUGAUGAUUGCCGCUUGGGACGACAUACCCUACCUAUGCUGUCCGCAUGUCAGAGCCCAAAAUGUCGGCUUGCCUGAGAGAGGAUGUGUGUUAAGAAUAGCCCCAUGUUUGUGCAUGAGAUUAUAAUGAUUGAGCCUUCGCUAAUUAUUGUCGAUGGGUUUUGAUUUGGAUUGACCCAAUUACUCCAGUCUGGUAUCAGAGCCGAUGAUCGCUCUUUGGUUGACCUUUCUCUGUUUUUGUAGUUCAAUUGGCUACUCCCCCUCAUCAGAUAGCCUCAAGGAAGAACUGCUCUGCUCCGUCAGCUACAGAAAGUUGAAUGAUCGCGGAUCUGAAAUGCAUUAACCAUAGUCCAAAAUAACGCAUUUCAGAUUGUUGAAGUUAUUAUGAUCCCUGUGACCAUAAGGCUGAUGGGUUCUGAUCUAGAUGGCCCAAUAACCUGAGCACUGGUCAUCGCUUAAGCUAAAUAGUGCCGCCGGUGUGGAUAGACCUUAGCAGCCUGGGUUUUCUAGGCAAAACUGAAUCACCAAUGCUUGUAUACCGAUCCGAAUUACUAAAUAUGUGUGCACAGAUUUGCAUAUAUUUCUCAAAUAUUCUCAUUUUUUUCCCAAUUCGUGAACCAUUUUCGAGUCUCAUUUUCUGCGUCAUUCCUUGAUAAAUGCAGGUCGUCUUAGCGGCCAACGACCUUCCGUCCAUUAAUGACGUAACCUAUCCCGAGUUGAUUGAGAUCGUCUCAAAGGUUAGGGAGUGCUUAGUUUGACUUUCAUGGCUCUUUAUCCUUGAGCUGACUCAGACAUUCCCCAUCGCUCUCCAGCUGAGAGAUGGGAAUGGACAGCUAAUGGGGGUGGACGCCUCCGGUCUCCUGAUUGCUAAUUCUGGCAACGAUUUACCGGUGAGAAGCAGCACAACCCCUACUUCCCGUUGGCGAGCACUUCUCCAGCCCACAAUUAACCAGCCCUGCCGCUCUUCCUCAGGUUAUUGACCUUGCGAGUGUCUCACCCGAGCUGGCGUACCUGGCGAGCGAUGCUGAUCUCGUCGUGCUGGAGGGAAUGGUAAGCCAACAGUGGAUUUCUACUCUGGUUCUUGGUGACCGAUUAAGGUUUUCUUCAUUUUUCCCGCAGGGGCGUGCAUUGGAGACGAAUCUUUAUGCCCUAUUCAAGUGCGACUCAAUCAAGAUCGGCAUGGUAAUACUCUCUCUCUCUCUCUCUCUCUUAUAGCUAGCUGAGAUCUUGCAUGGCAGGUUAAGCACAUGGAGGUUGCUCAGUUCUUGGGUGGGAGGCUGUACGAUUGUGUGUUCAAGUACAACGAGGCCCCUUCCUACUGA